UCGGAUAAUAUCGUUGAAGUGAAGAAGAAAAAACUGAAAAAUAACUUUCAUUAAUUUCGUUGUUUUCCAGUAUUUUGUUAAUUCUGUCAUGGUUCAGACUUUGUGAAAUAUAAACUUAGAAAUUGUGCUUUAUUUUGAAAUGUCUAACUACGAGCAGUUUUUAAAAUCGUCGCUAAACAAGUACAAAUCCCCAGAUGUUACAAAGCGUGAUGUUCUUAGUGUCUUCACCACAUUCAGUGACUUGAGACCAAAGUUAGAUGACUUUGUGUUUAAUGAUGGUACAAGAAAAUCCCUAUUACAGUUAGAUGGAACUAUACCAGUUAAUUAUAAAGGGGCAGUGUAUAAUAUACCAAUAUGUAUAUGGAUUAUGGACACUCAUCCAUACAAUCCCCCUAUGGUGUUUGUUAAACCAACACCCACAAUGCAGAUAAAGUCGGGCAGGAACGUAGAUAUGAAUGGAAAAAUUGAUCUGCCCUAUCUUAGAGAAUGGAAAUAUCCAAAUUCGGACCUGAUUGGCAUGAUACAGAUAUUAACAAUAGUGUUUGGCGAGGAACCCCCUGUGUACUCAAGACAACAGCAACAAGCGCCCCCUAUCCGCUACCCAAACCAAACACCAUACCCACCAGCUGGAAACAGUUCAUUCCCAAUGCCAAUGCCUGGAAUGGGUGGAACAAGUAACACACCCUAUCCAUCAAAUACCCCGUACCCAUCCUCAAAUGUUGGCUACCCACAAACUAGUAGCUACCCUGGACAAUAUACAGGAUAUCAACCACCAACUACUGGUUUCCAAGGUUACCCUAACUAUUCAGGAGCACCAGCUUCAUCUGGGUACCCAGGAGCAAACAAUCCCCCUGCAUAUAGUCAAUCACAAGCUACAAAUUACCAAUCUACAUCUUCAACAGCAUCAAAUUACAGUGGAAGUGGUACUAACACAGUGACAGAGGAACAUUUAAAAGCAUCGCUGUUGUCUGCAGUUGAGGACAAAAUAAAAUGGAGGCUGAAAGAGACAUUUGCUCAAGCACAGGCUGAAAUGGAUGUUUUGUAUAAAACACAGGCAGACUUGCUGAAGGGUAAAGAUAAACUGGAAACAAUGAUCAAAGAUUUGGAAAAAGAAAAGUCGGAGAUAGGAGCAAAUAUCAUAUUAUUGAAACAGAAGGAUGGUGAAGUUAAAGAGACAUUAUCUCGCCUCGAGAACCAAGACCAGAUAAAUAUUGAUGAUGCUGUUGUUACUACUGCACCACUUUAUAGACAAUUGUUGAAAGCAUUUGCAGAAGAGCAGGCCAUAGAGGAUGCUAUAUACUAUCUAAGUGAAGCGUUACGGAAAGAUGUGAUAGAUCUUGAAGUCUUUUUGAAGAGAGUUCGAGAGUUGUCAAGAAAACAGUUCAUGUUACGAGCGUUGAUACAAAAAUGUCGGGAGAAGGCUGGAUUACCUCCCUUGGCAUGAGCGUAGAAAUGAUAACUAGACUAUAUUAUGGUGUUGAUCACAUAUACAAGAGUGUGAUAUUUGUUGACCAAAAAUUAUCCCAUACUAGACAACAGCUGUGACACGUUACAUAUAAAAUAAUAUACAUGUAUAUCUGAUAAUUGAUUUCACUAUUGGGACAGGAAUAAAAGCUAUGGGAGCGGGGCUGGAUGUAUUUUAUUUUUGUUAUUGAUUACGUGUGUCAUUUAGAUAAUUUGUUUUAUAUACAAAUUUUCUAUUUGAAAAGGUAAAAUGCUUUAUUUUAUAAAUAUAUAAAUCUGAGUUAAAUUGAAAAAUUUAGGGUUUCUUUUUUUCGUAAUAUUACCCAUAGUUAUGUUUUCUUUACCAGUGAAAAAAACAAAUAUUUUCAAAAUGUAUUCUCGGUAAAAAAUAUAUCAGUACAAAGUCUUUAUUGAUAAUAUAUCUCAAGUUCUCCCUUUACCCGUUAUAAGAAAAGUAAUUAACCUUUGCCACCAGUAUAGAGCCAGACCAACCUGUACAUCCUUGCAGUCUUACCAGGCUCGUAACUAUUGGUCAACUUUAAAUUUUCAUCUUGAUCUCCCCAAAUUUGAUAAUGGACUGUUCAUAAAAUGGAAGCUGGAUAAGUCCAUUUAAGAAAUUCCAGUUAAGUGAUUAUGUUAUUGAUGCUAUGCAUGUUGCUUUUUGUUGGCAUAUUAUUAUUGUAAAAGUGCUCCCUUUUCUCUCUGCAUAUAAACAUGUAAAUUUGCUAGUCAGUGCAUUCAAGAAAUUUCAUAUUUUUGGGUUUAUUUUAAUUUUUGUUUCAAAUUUCAUUAAUUUUUUUUAUACAUGAGGACAUUUACUUUCUAGAUGGUAGAAAAAUAACAUAGGUAACAAUGUCUAUUUUGGGUGCUUUCUAACAUCACAAUUUUUAGAAAAUUUGUGGUAUUAUCUUCAAGUAUUACACAAUGUAAAUUGCAUGUCAGAAAUCAGUAUAGAACUAUGAAAUACAUGUAUAUAUGGUGGUCUACCAAGCUUUUAGUUUCUUGAUACAUGCACAGGGACCCAGCACAGUGUUGGGAUAGUGUAAAAAAAGUAAUUCUAGAAAAAAAGAUAUACUGUAUAUAUAAUAUAUAGACUAUAUAUUAUAUAUACAGUAUAUAUUUUUUUCUAGAAUUACUUUUUUUACACUAUCCCAACACUGUGCUGGGUCCCUGUGGAUACAUGUACAUCUGGUCAAUUUAUAGUUUCUUAUGAAAUUUAAACAAAGUGCUACUUCCACCUAAUUUUGAAAUAAAUUUGAUAUAACAUUUCAGCAAGAAAUUAUAUCAAAAUCAUCUAUAUAUUUGGAAGAUUUUCAUAGCCCAUCUUGUGGGUUCUUAUUUCAACGUUUAGUAAAAUGUAGUAGCCCUCAAUAUUACAGGACAAUUAUAUUUCAAAUUUUAUUAAUUUAUUAUUCUUUUUAUGAAGGAUUGGUAUGUUAAUAAGAUGUAUGAAUAUCUAAAUUAACUAUUAUUCAUGUAUUUUGCAUGAAUAAAUGAUUAAUAUCAUAUACAUUUGUAACGUCUCUUAUUUUUAAGAGAUUUGAUAAUUGUUUUUGGUUAGUGGUACUUAAUUUGUUACUGAGAAAAUGUAGUAGAUUUCUUUUUCAAAUGGCAAGGUAUAUUUGCCAUCAAAAUGUCUGCACUUUUUUGUUUGUACUAUUUUUACCCCCAAAAACUUUCUGUGUAUGUAUACUAAAUGAAGACAUUAUUGUUAAUUUAUGUGUAUAUAUUAAAAUUUUUAUAACAAA